CAGGAAUGGUAGCUGGACUGUUUCGGAAAUGAACUGGUGUGAUAUGAACAACAGCUGGUGGAGAAGCCAUGGCACUUUGAGGAUUUUGUGCUUGUUGUUCCUUGGUCAGCUUGUUUCGCUUGCACUUGCACUCGCCAGCUUCAGUUCUUCCCUUAUAGCCUACCUUGGUGUUGAUGCACCAAUUACUCAAACAAGCUUCACUUAUCUCACAUUGGCAGUGGUUUAUGGGUCCAUUUUACUGUACAGGCGCCAAAGGCUAAAGGUCCCUUGGUACUGGUAUCUUCUCCUAGGCUUUGUGGAUGUUCAAGGGAAUUAUCUUGUUAAUAAAGCAUAUCAGUUCUCAUCAAUUACCAGCGUGACAUUAUUGGAUUGCUUCACUAUCGCAUGGGCGAUAGUCUUCACAUGGUUUUUCCUUGGCACUCGAUAUUCUGUGUGGCAGUUGUUGGGAGCGGUUGUCUGUGUGCUAGGCCUUGGUUUAGUACUCCUCUCUGAUGCUGGUGUGGGUGGGGGAGGUGGUUCAAGACCUCUGUUGGGAGAUGUACUUGUUAUUGCUGGAACAAUUUUCUUUGCCUCAAGCAAUGUCGGCGAGGAAUUUUUUGUUAAGAAGAAAGAUCGUGUUGAAGUUGUUUCCAUGCUAGGUGUUUUUGGAUUGGUAGUGAGCAUAAUUCAGUUAUCUAUACUGGAGCUAAAGAGUCUGGAAUCAAUCAAGUGGUCUGCAGAUAUUAUAUUAGCCAUUGCUGGCUAUACAUUCUCAUGCUCAAUGUUCUAUACAAUCACUCCAUUUGUCCUAAAGUUCAGUGGAGCCACAUUGUUCAAUCUCUCUCUUCUGACUUCUGAUAUGUGGGCAGUUGUCUUUAAAAUCUUUUUCUACCAUCAGGAGGUUGACUGGUUGUAUUAUCUUGCCUUUUCAGUUGUGGCUGUUGGACUAAUCAUCUACUCAACAUUUGAGAGAGAUCCUGGUCCUUUACUGGGGAAUGAAAAUGGAGAUGGUAACGUCCAAUAUGAAGCGCUUAUCGAUGAAAAUCAACAUCGGCUAGGCUAACCGACUAACCGUAGACUUGUAUGGUAUAUGUGAAACACCUCCUGAGUCAAGAUUUGAAGCCUUUAUCCAUGGAUUUGGGAUGCGCAAUGGAUCCACGAGAAUCCAAAUUUAGUUCGGCUUCAUCUUCUUUUUCCCCUUUUUGAUGUGGAGGCCACUGAAUUAUGUGUUUGGUUCCAUUUUUAUGGUCGAGUAUACUUGUGAAUGAACAAUGAUGAAUAAUACAUUUCUUAUAUAGAACUAUCUGGA